UGUUGCAAUUAGUUAUAUUUGAAGAUGGAUAGAAAAGCUAUAUUUUUGUUGUUGUAUUAUUACAAUCCAUAACAGGGCUAGAAUUGUGUGUUUCAUUAUUUGUCUCCUCUAUGAGAACUUUGUAUUUUUUAAAUAGCCAUGGAGUAGUCUUUGUGUCUCUGAACAACUGGUUAUCAAUAUACAGUUUAUCGACCACGAGAACUACGCGUUUUCCUUUCAAUCUAUUUUCCUUGAAAAUUGGAUACAGAACUUUACGCCGUUCUGCAAUUUCCUUCGGGAACUGGUCAUCCAUGCCUAUUUUCGUGCCUUUUACCCAGGCUUUUAACCAUUAUUUUAUGUUUAAAGAAAGCACAUUUGGCAACGAUUGGGCGUUCAUACCUCUUCCGGAAGCAAUGUACACUUUCGAGUUGAAUUUUGUUGAUAGCUUCGCGUGGGGUCUGAUGCGCUGUAAGGAGGAACGAUCUAACUACAGAUUCGGGAACGUCUUCUUUCUCUUCGAUACCUGACAAACAUGUCAUCAACAACUUCCAACCGAACACAUCAUCUAACUCUGAUAGCUACUCUUGGUGUUUUGUGUUCAGUGGUACUAUUUUUUGUUUACUUUAAACCCUCAUCUACUGCAUGUUCAUCUCGGUUGGAGGAUUUGCCAUUUUUGGCAAAGGGAGAUGUUUCCUCACAUACCAAAAAGCCUGUGGAAAAGCCACUUGUGUUGCUCUGGUUCUGGCCACUGGGUGUGAGAUGGAAUUUUUCAUUCUGCCAAACCCAUUUCAACAUCGAUAGCUGUGUUCUGACAGAUGACAGAUCCCUUUAUGACAAAGCAGACGGAGUGGUUAUUUUUCACCAAGACAUCAGCUGGGACCUGAAGAACCUGCCUCAGUCUCCUCGGCCACAUUUUCAGAAAUGGAUCUGGUUUCAAUUGGAAUCACCAACAAAUACUGCCAGAAAACCAGGUGUGGAAAACCUCUUUAACCUCACUUUGGGCUAUAGACGAGAUGCUGACAUCACAGUGCGAAAUGAAUUGACAACCGUGAAGAAUGAAAAGGACAGUGAGUUUGUGCUGCCCAAGAAGGAUAAAUUGGUUUGUUGGAUUGUGAGCAACAACAAUCCUGCAACUGGGACAGGAACCAGAGCAAAGUACUAUCAAGAGCUGGUCAAACACAUCAAGAUAGAUCUUUUUGGUGCUGCUUUUACAGGGAGUCGUUUGAAGUAUGAGGACUAUUACUCAACCCUUGCUAGCUGUAAAUUCUACCUUUCAUUUGAGAAUUCAAUCCACAGAGACUACAUCACAGAAAAGGUGAACGGACCACUUGUAGCAGGAACCGUACCAGUAGUCUUGGGCCCACCCAGAGAGAACUAUGAACAGUUUUUCCCAGCUGAUUCUUUCAUUCAUGUAAAUGACUUUACUAAUGCAAAGGCACUGGCUGACUUCCUUCUUCACUUGGACAAGAAUGAUGAGAUGUAUGUAAGUUACUUCACUUGGAGGAGGUACCUUAAGGCCAAGCCCCACCUCCAGAGAAUAGAGCAAGAGUUUUCUCAACCUGUUUGUUUAGCCUGUGAAUACAUGGCAAGAGACAAAGGAUAUUAUAAUGUUUUCCACGACGUUUAUGAAUGGUACUUUGUUUGAGUGUUUAGCCAACAUUUUGUAAGCACAGAAAAUAUCUAUUUGGCUUAGCUACGUAAUUUAGCUUUCUUUUUUUGUAUCAAUUCAAAGUGUGGUCAUUCAAGGUUUCGGGCACUUUAAAAAAAUAUAUAUAUAUUUGUUUUGUAUAAUAGCCUCAGUUAUGAGGCUUACAUCUAAUUGUUGUAUAAGAUGAAUGAGUGAGGAUGAUACUGUUUGAAAUUGUGUAAUGUGAUUUUGGACUGUUUAAUGAAAACUCCAAUGGGAAUUGGAGUUUAACUAAGUCAGAGGACCGCCCAUGAGCACAGGUCGGUCAUCCUGGGACAGGCCCUUUUCUUCUCUUCUGAAUAAAACCCCCACCCGGGUUUUCUAUCACCAGACCAUGUUUCUCUCAAUUACGAGG